CGGGGGGCUCCGGGGGGCGUGCGCCCCCAGCCGGCUGCGCUCGCGGAUGCCUCCCGGCGGCGGCGGGCCCAUGAAAGACUGCGAGUACAGUCAGAUCAGCACCCACAGCUCCUCCCCCAUGGAGUCGCCCCACAAGAAGAAGAAAAUCGCGGCCCGGAGGAAAUGGGAGGUUUUCCCGGGCAGAAACAAGUUCUUCUGCAACGGCAGGAUCAUGAUGGCCCGGCAGACGGGCGUCUUCUACCUGACUCUCGUCCUCAUUCUGGUCACUAGCGGACUCUUCUUCGCCUUCGACUGCCCGUAUCUGGCAGUGAAAAUCACCCCCGCCAUCCCUGUGGUUGGUGGCAUUCUCUUCUUCUUCGUGAUGGGGACCCUGCUUCGCACCAGCUUCAGUGACCCAGGAGUCCUUCCGAGAGCCACGCCCGAUGAAGCCGCUGACCUGGAGAGACAAAUAGGUAACCCCGAAGAUAUCGCAAAUGGCACCAGUUCAGGGGGGUACCGCCCACCUCCCAGAACCAAAGAAGUCAUCAUCAAUGGCCAGACUGUGAAACUUAAAUAUUGUUUCACCUGCAAGAUUUUCCGGCCCCCUCGUGCCUCUCAUUGUAGCCUUUGCGAUAACUGCGUAGAACGGUUUGAUCACCACUGUCCCUGGGUAGGCAACUGUGUGGGCAAAAGAAACUACAGAUUUUUUUAUAUGUUUAUUUUAUCUCUGUCUUUUCUGACAGUCUUUAUAUUUGCAUUCGUUAUCACCCACGUCAUUCUUCGUUCACAACAGACAGGAUUCCUCAAUGCUCUUAAGGACAGUCCUGCAAGUGUGCUGGAGGCUGUGGUGUGCUUCUUCUCCGUCUGGUCUAUAGUCGGCCUGUCGGGCUUCCACACGUACCUGAUCAGCUCCAACCAGACCACCAAUGAAGAUAUUAAAGGAUCUUGGUCAAAUAAAAGAGGCAAAGAGAAUUACAAUCCCUACAGCUACGGGAAUAUCUUUACAAAUUGCUGUGUUGCCCUGUGUGGGCCCAUCUCUCCAAGCCUCAUCGACAGAAGAGGCUACAUCCAGCCUGACACACCGCAGCCGGCCACACCGUCCAAUGGAAUUGCUGCGUACGGGGCCACACAGUCACAGAGCGACAUGUGCGACCAAGACCAGUGCAUUCAGAGCACCAAAUUCGUUUUGCAGGCCGCGGCCACGCCCCUGCUGCAGAGCGAGCCCAGCCUCACCAGCGACGAGCUGCACCUGCCCGGGAAGCCGGGCCUGGGCACGCCCUGUGCCAGCCUGACGCUCGGGCAGCCCACGCCGCCCUCCUCCAUGCCCAACCUCACCGCCGAGGCCGCGCUCACAGACAUACUGCCUCUGAAAGAGGAGCACGUGGGCCACCAGUUCCUGACCCCCGAGGAAGCGCCCUCGCCACCCAGGCUGCUGGCGGGCAGCCCCCUGGCCCACAGCCGCACCAUGCACGUGCUGGGGCUGGCCAGCCAGGACUCUCUGCACGAGGACUCGGUGCGCGGCCUGGUGAAGCUCAGCUCCGUGUGACCGCGGCCCCCGGGGGGUGGGGGGUGCAGACAGCGGGAGCCUUCCCAUGACCCAGCUCCGUGGUGGCGAGGACGAACUCCUGGUCCUGGGGCGUGAAAACCGCUCGGAGAGUGGAGGCUGCUCCUGGGACAGCAGAGGAGGGUGGGGCCCACAUGCCUGCAGCUUGCAGGCAGGUGCAUCUUCCUUCCCCACCCCGACGGCUGCGAGCACCGGGGAAACAGAGAAGUGGCUGUUCCCAGGCCCCUGGCAUCCGAGGGGCGGACCCAGGGAGAGAGGAGCCUGCGGGCUGCAGCCAGUCGGGGAGGAAAGGACAGUUUUCUGCUGGAGGUUCCUUGGUCCGCUCGCUGCUCUCGGGACAGACACGCGGGAAGGAUGAGGACAGCUGUGGCCAGACCGAAAUUGCACUUACGUGUUAUGCUACUACUAUUUGAGAUAGACAUGCCAUUCCAUUUGUUAAUUUAAAAAACAAAAACCUCAAGGGGAAAAAAAAAAAAGACCAGAUCUGGAUUUGCAUGCCACGCUACAUCUGUUUACAGUGGUGUUGGUAUUCAAAAGGAAGUGCUGCUUGCUUGCUUUCUUUCUUUCUUCUAAUUUGGUGAAUUUUCAAGUGCUGUUUUAUGGGACGACCAUGCAACACGCCGAGGCUAAUGGACAAUGCCAUCACUCGCCAGCUUAUCCAGCUUAACUUAGACAGGCGUAGGUGGCGCCCGGGCUGCAGAGGGCUGCUGGGGUUGUAGCCUAUCAGUUCACCUUCUGUUUAGUAGUUAGACGAGCUAUUGUGUUGUACCACGCCUGCCACAGUCUCCACCUCCUUGUGUGACCAAACUUCCUGUGGACAGCCAAUAAAAUGACGUCCUCUGUUAUUUUGGAUCUGCGUACGGUUAUCCUUAACAGCUCGACAACACAGUCAUCUGGAUGGCCUGUUGGAGAGUUGGGUUUUAUUAAAGUAUCCCUAGGGAGGAAUGGUCCCCAAGCAGCCAAAAGUAAAAUCUUUGAAUGGGGGAGCAGGUGUUUUCGGGGCGAUUUCUCAGGCAAGAGGGUAGCUUUCUGACAGUGGGGUUUUCUCUCUUUUUUCUUUGAUCAUCUCUUUCUAACACAGUCUUAGCAGAAUUUGCUCCAUGUGGACAGAUUGGCAGCAGCAGUCCAUCUACAGGAGAGGGGAGAGGGCACGCAGGAUAAGGGGCCACGGUGGGGCCAUCUUCUGUGUCAUGUUCUUGUGUCGCCAGGGCUCAGGAAGGGCAGUGUGAGGUCCUCCUCGGAUAUCAGAAAAUGAGGAGGGGAAACCAGCUUAAAGUUUGGGCCCCGUUCAUCAUCAUUCUUACCCAGGCACGAAACAGAAUGGAAUUAAGAAAAUUACCACUCCGUUCAGUUCAUUUAUCAUCUAGAAGGGAGCUGGCUCUGUAUUUAGGGAAUAAGUCACUUCAGAGGCAGCUGCAGGGACUCAGCAGGCUCUGUCCUUGCUUCUUUCCAGAUGAUAAAUUCAACAGCCAAAUCGACUCAAGUUCAAAAUCAAGCUGGGGCUUCUCACAACCGUUGAGAAACACAAGACGCCCCAACGCUUUGCAUUCAUGGAAAAAGGCUGUUUCUCCUGAGAAAGAGUUGCCAUUUUAUAGAAAAGAAAAGGAAAGGCGAAAAGAAAAAAAGAAAAGCACAAUUUAAAGUCUUAUUUGGAAGAAAGCCAGUUCUUUGUUGGUGGAGAAAUCUUUUGUGCUGAAAAUAACCACAGAAUUCUUGCACAGUGGUAUCUUUGAAACAUCUUUACCUUUAAUAUUGUACAUACAAAUAGAAAACAGGCAAAGUAAAUUAUAUGUAGCCAUUGUUGGUCUCCUGGACCUCCUAAUGCCUUGAACUCACUUGGAAUUUCUAGUAAGGGGAACAGAGCUCUUCCUUACACAGCCAGACACACUCAGGCUCACGGUCAUCAAUGCACAGGGAUUUUCCCUGCACGCACUGCCUGUGAACAAAAAGCAACAGCCCUGAGACGUGCCUUCCAUAACUUCCCUAACCUUCUGCUUUCUGCCUCCUUCCAUCUACUGCCUGGAGACCUUGGGGGAGCCCUGGUCGUGAGGAGAGAGAAGGAUGGGUCAGUUCUCACUCCUAUAUCUAUGUGACUACAUCCAUUCCCAGCUUCUUCAUCUGGAAGUUGAAAGCGAUGGGCUUUUGAGUCUUUUUGUGUCUAACAUCAUCUAAUUCAGUAGUUGUUCAUUUCCCACAUCUGGUCCUUUUUUCCUACCUCCUUAUGAAAAAAAUCCAAGGGAUCUUUCAUUUUUAUCUAAUAAUCAAAAUUUACAUAAUAUUUAUUACCAAUCCUCCACCCCGCCCUCAACUCUGUCUCCCUUCCAGCUUAUCAUUUACCAAAAAGGGGAUUGGGAAUUUCGGUGAAACAAAUCAAGGCUAUUCAGGGUUUAAGAGGGAGAUUAACUUGAAUGAGCCAAUUUGCUAAAACAAUUAACUUCUUAAAACCCCAAACCAGAGAGAUACUCACAGCCCUUUACUCUGUGGCUUAGAAAAGAAGGGAAAGUCUGUGCAGUGAAGGACUAUGAUCCUAGGAACUCCCUCCUGCCCCUGGGGUGUCCACAUGAUCUCAGGAAAGUGACUUCUGGCAAUAGGCCUGCGUUUCCCAUUCACUGAUAAAUAUAUAUAUUUUAAAAUGUUGAGUGGUUCCAUCAAGCUGUGGCUGAGUAGACCUUGAUCUUUCUAAAUUCUGUCAGUGUGUUAUGGAUUGAUUGCAUGCUGGCUAUAAAAAUAGGAUAAAUAUUUUACCAUGCUAUUAAAGUUUGGACCAUUAUCAAACAUAUGCACACACAUACACACUCAUUUUGUUGUUUAAAAAUUCAUCCGCUUUCAUCCUCGCAGGAGUGCUCCGGGGACUGCAGGCACUCAGAGGCUGAAUUUAGCCUGAAUGUCCUGGUCCUCAGAAGGAUGUUGGUUGGAGCAACUAGGGUGACCGAUAGCCUGCAUCAGAAAGGGCAGGAUGACAUGUCAUUCUGUGCCUGGGGAAAAUUGGCCCAGCAUUUGUACUGUGCCCAUUUGAAAAAAUGCUCAUUCCAGCUUUCACAUGUAAUUAUUUCAGCCUGUAAGAAUGAUGCCAUAACCCCACCCUGGGCCAGCAAAAUGCCAAAUACCUCUUCUGGUCCAGAAUAGCACAAAGGAAGAGCCUUUCACUCAGCACCACCUCCUCCAGGUGCACUAUAGACUUCCCCUAUUGUUUAGGAUUAUUGACUGGAAUUCAAGAUGAAAAGCAAACCCCAUUUGAUGAGCCAUGCGUCUACUGGACCUGAAUGGGUUUUCAAAAACACCCUAGCUUUUUACGGCCCUGGGCCUCGGCCUUCUCAUCUGAUUCAACAGCAAGGAAAAUGAAUUUGCCACAAUUGACAGUAAGUGUCCCUGGCACUGGAGCCUGUAAUAGCAUCUCCAGGGAAAUGCUGGAAUUCAAGCCAGUCAGGGACCUCCAUCAGUGGGGACAGAGGCUUCUGAAGGUCACAGCCUGAUGGGCUUCUCUGCAGGUGUCUAGCCUCCUGCUCCCCAAGGAGGGGGGCUGUAACGUGGAUGCCCCCUUCCUGAGCUCUGCCCACAAUCAUCCAGUGCUUUUCCACCUUGGCUUGUGGUUUUGUGUUUGCUAGAAGGUAUCAGGAAUUCACGUUCAUUGUUCAAGGAAAGUUUCUAAAGUCAGUUGUCUUUCAUUCAUGCCCAUGAAUACUGCCUCGCCCGUUUAGUUGAUCAUCCAAGAAAAAAAAAAUAAAGGGAACAAAUAUCAAAUAUACUUUUCUGAUUAAUGCCUUAAACAGUUUGGAAGCUGAGCCUCAAUCAAA